AUGAAGAAGUUUGUGCUGAAAUUAGAUUUAGCAGAUGAUAAGGCAAAACAGAAAGCCUUGAAGAUAGUUUCAACACUUUCAGGGAUUGAUGCCAUCACCAUGGACAUGAAGGAGAAGAAAUUAACUGUGGUAGGCAUUGUGGAUCCAGUAAAAAUAGUGAGCAAGCUUCGAAAAUAUUGGCAAGCGGAUUUAAUCUCGGUAGGACCAGCAAAGGAGCCAGAGAAGAAAGAAGAGGCGAAGAAAGAAGAACCGAAGAAAGAAGAAGAGAAGAAAGAAGAGGGAAAGAAGGAGGGAGAGAAGAAAGAAGAGGGAAAGAAGGAGGGAGAGAAGAAAGAAGAAGAGAAGAAAGAAGAGGGAAAGAAGGAGGAAGAGAAGAAAGAAGAGGAGAAGAAGAAAGAGCCAGCACCAGCACCUGACCCUGUUUUAGAAAUGGUGAAGGCUUAUAGGGCUUAUAAUCCUCACAUGACAACAUAUUAUUAUGUUCAAAGUAUGGAAGAGAAUCCCAAUGCUUGUGUCAUUUGUUAA